CUAGUGGUGAGGAAUCCUCUGUACACUGAUUGGAAGGUAUAGGAGGUUGUAGUGAGGUCGGGAAGCAGCGUCCUUCCGGAGCAAAGAGCUAUCGAUAAUAUUUGUAGGAGCUGCAGUCGGGGAACUCAGAGAUGGCAUCUGCACCGAAUCUGGUUGCAAACCGCAAAUCUGGCCGCUUUAAGUGGGCUAUUGAGUUUGGGAUUGGAGGAAACAGAGGUCGGAGUGACAGAAGUGCUACACAGGACAGUAUGUAUCCUGUGGGAUAUUCUGACAAACAAGUGGCAGACACCAGUGUGCAGGAGUCUGACCACAUCCUGGUGGAGAAGCGUUGCUGGGACAUCGCUCUAGGACCUCUUAAACAGAUACCUAUGAAUCUAUUCAUUAUGUAUAUGGCUGGUAAUACAAUCUCCAUCUUCCCUAUUAUGAUGGUGUGUAUGAUGGCAUGGAGACCCAUACAAGCGCUGCUUGCUACACCUGCAACCUUCAAGCUCCUGGAGAGCUCUGGUCAGCGGUUUCUACAAGGGCUGGUUUACCUGAUUGGAAACCUUUUGGGUCUAGCAUUGGCUGUUUACAAGUGUCAGUCUAUGGGACUCUUGCCUACGCAUGCUUCUGACUGGUUGGCCUUCAUUGAACCACCUGAGAGAAUGGAAUACGUUGGCGGAGGAAUCGUAUUGUAAAGCUAAAAGAUGCACAGAAGCCUUUUUAUCAUAAAGAAGUUUGUACAUUGUGAAAACUGCUAACUACUAUUAUGACAGCAUAUUUGUUUUGUCCCUUUAAUAAAUUAUUAUUUCUUCGUAA